GAGCCGGGGGUGUUGGGACUGUCCUCAUGCACUGCGCCAGAGUAUUAGACUAUUUUCCUCACAAACAAGCGAUGGCUGUGGAUGUAGCGAUGCAGCUGUACCUGUGCUCUUCACCCUUGCGAAGAGAGAAGUGCGCCUGCAAAAUCGCUCCCAAGCCAAGCAAGCCUUUGCGGCCCUGCAUCCAGCUGAGUGGCAAGAGCCCGCUGGCUGGAUCAGAGGAGCCAGCAAACUCCUUCACACACAACAAAGUGAAGAAGAGGGUGUCGUUUGCAGAUAAUAGAGGCUUCGCUCUGACCAUGGUGAAGGUGUUCUCAGAGUUUGACGAUCCGCUCGAUAUUCCUUUCAACAUCACAGAGCUGAUAGACAACAUUGUGGGCCUGACAACUGUGGGGAGGGACAGCUUUGUCCUGGAUUUUGUUCAGCCCUCCGCAGACUACCUGGACUUCAGAAACCGCCUCCAGGCAGACUGCGUCUGCCUUGAAAACUGUGUUCUAAAGGAGCGAUCCGUGGUGGGAACAGUGAAGGUGAGGAACCUCGCCUUUGAAAAGACCGUGAAUAUCAGGAUGACGUUUGACACCUGGAAAAGCUUUGUAGACUACCCGUGCCAGUAUGUCAAGGAUACGUAUGGAGGGUCGGAUCGGGACACAUUUUCCUUUGACAUCAGCUUGCCUGAGGGAAUUCAAUCUCAUGAAAGAGUUGAGUUUGCCAUCUCCUUCGAGUGCAAUGGGAAGGUGUACUGGGACAGCAACAGGGGCACAAAUUACAGGAUCAUACGGUCAGAACUGAAGUCUGCCCAGGAGGCUGUCAGCCCUCCACAUGGCCCUGACUUCGGCAGUGCCUUUGACCAGUUUGGGAGCCCGCGGUGCUCCUACGGCCUCUUUGCUGAGUGGCCCAGCUAUACGGGCUAUGAGAAGCUGGGUCCUUACUAUUGACCCAAGGACAAAUUCCCAAUUGACUAACAGUUGCUGGUGUGUUCGCAGGCCUGGGAGCUGCUCUGAAAGCGAGGUGUAUAGAAAGGUGAAAUAAGUACGGCUCUGUGUAGCUCUGCAUAAGCCUUCCAGCAAAACUGGAUGUGCAGUGCUCUGCUGGCAGGGGGCUUAUGGUCAGGGAAGCAUCUCUGGCAUAAAGUGCUACCUUACCUGACACAACUCAGAUAACUGGCUUCUCUGGAUGCUCAAAGGACCAGGAGCUCUUGCUUGAAGGACCAAGAGCAUUGCUCAUGUUCCUUCAGUGCUGCUACUCCUUUCUCUUCUAUAAAGCUGCUAAUCUCCAGGGAAACACUACAGUGCUUACAGCAUCUGUCCAAGCUAUGUAGUGGUGGCUGGUUUGUAUUGCUUGCCUGGUGUUAAAAGGCUUUUUCAAAACAUGUUAUAAUAUUCUGGUAUUUUUAGUGGGCUGUACUUCAGCUGCAGGGUUCUCCUUGCAAAGCUGGCCUGUGGCUGUUGGGUAAUAGAGCAGCUGGUUUGCAGGAAACAGAGUCCUCUCCUUGCAUGUGUCCUUGUGUGAGGCCCUUCCUACUGGAUGCAGAAAGGGUAUGUUGGAAAUGAAAGUGUGACUGUGAUGACAGGAAAUGUGGCCUUACAGCCUGCCAUAUUAGGAGGUUUAUGUACUUGUGGGAGAGGAUCUGAUAUGCUUAGUCACCAGUUGUUUUAUCAGCUGAUCUUGAAAAACUCUCCUUACACUCUUGUUGUUACCAAAAAUAGCAAUUAGCUGUAGCUGUGUGGUGCUUGUAACACAGCUGUGGGUUGACAACCUUGAGUGCCUUCUUCAAAACCCUGUUUCUUUAAUGGUAAAUGAUCAGUGAUGCCUUUUCCCCUUGAUGGACAUCUGAAGUCAACUCUUGGCAAAAUGCAACGUUUCCUGUGACUAAACCAGGGUCUGUCUGUCUGAGGCCCAUGGUCCUGUGCAGGAGGCUGUGCUCUGGUGUUACAGGAACCAAAUUCAAAUAGACCACAUGGUUACACUAUGCAGUGUCCUGUUAAAAGAAGGUGACUGUUGUGUACCUACUGUGAUGGGAGCGCCUUGACUGAGAAAGAGGUGGCACAUGUGAUCUCAGCAAUGCUUUGGGAUAAACAGGCUUUGGAAAUGGCAUUGCUUUAAAAAAAAAAAAGAUCUCCUAAUGGUUUGUUGCUCAGUGCCAUGGACUGCUUGGCAGCUACUGGCAGGACACUGCUUGUGUGUGAGGAUGCUGUGGCUAUACUGGAUGAACAUCAACAUGCAGGGCUUCCCUCGCUGGUGUAGCAGUAACUGCCAUUUCAACCUCUCUGAAUCUCUGUCACUGUAACACGUGACUCACCCCACCUGUGCAAAGAACUAGCUGUGAGGAGUGUGAGAUGUGGGAUUUUCCUGACACCACCUCACCUCUGGAUGUGAAACAAAUCACAGCUGUGAACCAUCCCUACCAUCAAAGAGAUGGCUUGUGUCCUUGGGCUGUGCUGAGGUGAGGUGGCCAGCUUGUGCAGUGCCAAACAGCCCCAAAGCUUCUUCUGAGCUAGCUGAGCAGAGUAGCUGAAUCCCUCAGCUCAAAGGGAGAGUGCUGAAUAGUUUGUAGAAAUAGAGGUCAAAGGAAUAAUAUUUUCUAGUGCAUAAGCUUGAUAUAAUUUUUUGGGUGCUUAUAAUAGCCUAUGGAUGGGCUGGAGAGAAGCAAUGAACUGUAGACUACUUAACUUUUUAAACCUUAGCUUUUAAUGCCGGAGACAACUGUACAAAACACUUAGGACCUGUUCUACGCUAAUCUAGAAGGGAUACUAUAAUCACUGUUGGAUGCUGAGAGGGACAAGAAGAGCUUGCAAAAAGAAUAGCCAGCCUUCAGCUGCUGCUUUCUCAAAACCCAGCAUCAAUGCAUGUCAUCACUGUGCUUGAGCACUUAGUCCAGGUGGUAAAUCUACUUGUUGGCCUGGAGGUCAUCAGGCUUGGUUCCUCUGUUCAAGCAGCUUGCUGAGUAAGUGCUUAUAACCUGCAUCUGGUCUCUCUUGAAGGGACUGUUGCCUAGCUUGGCUUGAACCUAGUUUUAGACUAAAAGCAAGUCUGAAUUACACUGAUUCUUUUUUUUUUCCUUUUUUUUUAGUGUAUGGCUCUAAGACACUGACUGUACAAAAGUUGUGUUCUCCUGGCAUGCUGCCAUGCCUACAGAGAGCUGUUUGGGGGUUGAAACAAGGCAUGUAUGUCUGGGGUGCUGUGGAUGUUGGUGUCUCCUUAUGGGCCUGUUUAUUUGCAGGCUGUGGAUGAGAUGUGUUUGGGGAGGAAUAUGGAAGAUAAGCUAGAAGAGCAAUGCCAUAAGUAAAAGCUAGGCUGGGAACUGACUAUUUGACCAAUAGCAGUUUGAAAAUGCUACUUGUGGCCUUUCCUCUUUUUCCCUUUUUCCCUUUUUCCAUUGCCAAUGUGAACAUAGAAGUGAGGUGUUGCUCUCCUUGCUCUCUAUGCCUGGAAGUGCCUUGUGGGGUGUAUUGCAUGUUUGUUUUUAAAAGAUAUUUUUGUACACAACAUUCGAAUGGAAAAUGCACUUUAUAAUUGCCAUGUAAUGACUCAUUUUAAAACUAUGGUUCUGUUUUUAUCUGAUUGU